AUGACCAUGGCUUCCAUUUCGCAAAUACAAAACGCCUUCACCCAAGCAGGCCAGCCUCAUCUCUUCGAGUACUUCGACGGGUUGUCAGCCUCUGACCAGGCAGCGUUCGUGGCCCAGUUGGCCAAGAUCGACGACCCCAAGGCGCUCGUGGACACUGUCGGAGCCGCCAUGAAGUUCCUGGCGUCCAACUCGGCCAGCCGGCUGUUUGCCCAGCUCCCCUCGCUGCAGACUGCGUCCACGUUGGACCUCGAUCCCGCCACCAGAGACAAGUGGCUCAACCUCGGCUUGGAGGCCAUCUCCAACAACCAGGUGGGUAUCUUGUUGAUGGCCGGAGGCCAGGGCACGCGGUUGGGGUCCAAGAACCCCAAGGGCUGCUACGACAUCCAGUUGCCUUCAGGAAAGCCGUUGUUCCAGAUCCAGGCAGAAAAGAUCUUGAAGGUGCAGAAGUUGACCCAAGCCAAGUACGGCUUGUCUGCGACGCCCAAGUUGCACUGGUAUAUCAUGACCAGUGGCCCCACCAGAAACACCACCGAACAGUUCUUCCGCGAACACAACUUCUUCGGCUUGGACGCCGACCAGGUGGUGCUUUUCGACCAGGGAACCUUGCCGUGCUUCAGCUUGGACGGCUCCAAGAUAUUGCUCGAGUCCAAGAGCAAGUACUGCGAGUCGCCAGACGGCAACGGUGGCUUGUACAAGGCGCUCCAGACCAACGGCAUCUUGGACGACAUGAUCGCCAAGGGCAUCAAGCACUUGCACAUGUACUGUGUCGACAACUCGUUGGUUAAAGUCGCAGACCCGCUCUUUAUGGGAUUUGCCAUUGACAACAAGUUCGACUUAGCCACCAAGGUGGUCAGAAAGAGAGACGCCAGUGAAAAUGUGGGUUUGAUCGUGUUGGACGACAACUUGAACAAGCCCUGUGUCAUUGAAUACAGUGAGAUUUCCAGCGAGUUGGCAAACAAGACCGAGCCUACCGACCCAUCCAAGUUGUACCUCAGAGCUGCCAACAUCGUUAACCACUACUACUCGGUAGACUUGUUGAAAAACUAUAUUCCAAAGUGGACCUCUUCCCAGGAAUACUUGCCAUUCCACAUCGCCAAGAAGAAGAUCGGCUCCUUGAAGAACGGCGAGUUCAUAACGCCCUCGGAGCCAAACGGCAUCAAGUUGGAACAAUUCAUCUUCGACGUUUUCCCCUCGGUCGAAUUGGCCAAGUUUGGCUGUUUGGAAGUGGAUAGAUCCAGCGAAUUUUCUCCAUUGAAGAACGCCGACGGUGCUAGCAACGAUACUCCAACCACCUGUAGAAACCAUUACCUCGAGUUGGGUACUAAAUGGGUUAAAGAAAAUGGCGGUGUUCUUGAAAACGACACCGAUUUGGUUGAAGUCAGCCCCUUGACUUCCUACGCUGGUGAGGAUUUGGAGUUUGUUAGAGGAAAGGUUUUCAAAAAUGGGGACCAGAUUUAG